GUCAAGAAGAACAAGAUAGAAAACAUUUAUUAAAAAUAAAAAUAAGAAAUUAUUUGUGAUCUUCAUAAUCAAAUUAAAAUAAUUCCAUUAGAAUAAGUUUUUAUAAUGGAUAUUGAAUUAAACAAUCAAUGUAGAAUAUGCCUAGAAUCUGCCGACGCUAUGAUAGAGUUAUUCGAAGAUUCAAAAACCCUCUAUAAGCUUGAACUCUGUUGUGGAGUGGAGAUCCCAAACAUUUCCAAUCUGCCAUCAAAAAUUUGUAAAAAGUGUUCCGACAUUCUAAAUGUAGCCUAUGGUUUUCGAGUUCUGUGCCAACGGUCUCAAGAGUACUUAAGUGACCCACUAAAUGCAAUAGAAGUGGUUGAAAACAAAACAAAUCUGUUUGUCGAAAAGGAUGUCUCCAGUUCCACUGAACCCAAAUUAGAGUACGGAAUUGAAUUUUCACAGCAAGAAGAAGAUAAUUACAAUCCCGACGAGGUCCAGGAUGAACAUCAACUCGAAGAUGACCUUGAUGAAGUAGACCAUCAGGACAACAACUACGAAUCAAUUGUAGAAGAUCAGUGUGGUGAAGAGACACACAAAGCAAUUGAAGUCAAAAAGGACGAGGACGAAGAUGAAGAUGAUAACGACAACAAACCCCUGAUCAAAACCUUCCAGGGCAGAGCGUGCAGAAAACCCAAGCCACCGGUUACACUAAUGUGCAAUAUAUGCGGCAAUUUAUUCAAAAACAAAGCAACAUUUGGCUAUCAUAUGAAACUACACAGAAAUGAUAAGAAAUACGAGUGCGAAAUUUGUUCGAAACGAUUUAUGCAAACGUGUGAGCUUCGUGCACACAUUCGAGUGCACACCGGCGAAAAGCCAUAUGCUUGCUCCUACUGCACUCGCAAAUUCCGCGACCGAAGCGGAGUCACACGCCACGAAAGAACUCAUACGAAUGAACGACCGUAUGGUUGUACAAUAUGUGGAGCUCACUUUUCCUAUUCGGCGACGUUGAAAAAACACGAACGUGUACAUACGGGCGAAAAACCGUUUAGGUGUUUGAUUUGUGACAAAGGUUUCUCCGAGGCACAUCAAAUGAAGGCACAUUUUCAAACGAUAAGGCACGCAGAAAUGGCAAAAGAAAGAAGUAAAGUUGAAUGUUUAGAAUAAAAAAAGAAGAAAAUGUU